AUGAUAUUUUUUAUCUUAUAAACAGUUUUAGCAAAAGAACUUACUAAUCUUACAACUCAUUUUCUAUUCAAUAAAAUAUCUGAAUCAGAAUAAAUCAAUAUAGUUGUAACAGAGUAAUUAAAUAUCAGAGACUAUCCUUAAGCAAAGUAUGUGAUUGAUGCUAAAUUGGAAUCAAAAUAAAAAGGAAGUGUUUGUUUUGUUAAAUAAGGAUCAAUAUAAUUUGGUGAUUAUUCAAUCUAUAGUUAAAAAAUAUUUGAAUUACCUAAUUUGCAAACAAAUGAUCCAGAAUUAUUACUAAAUAUACCUGUUUUGUUGAAUAUGGUACACAUUAAAAAAGCUAUUGCAAUUGUGACAAGCAAUAAUCAAAUUUUACUUUAUAGAGUUAAUAAAAACUCAUCAAACAUUAUUGGACAUGAAAUUUAAUUAGAAGCAAACUAUUCUUUUCAACAUUUACGUUAAGAGGCAAAAAUAAUUGAACCUCCAUAAAUGAUAUAUACUGAUUAAACAUAAUACAUUUAUUUAAUUUAUAGAAAUUAAAUAAUAGGAGGAAAAGUGAAUUAUGAUAAUUUAAGUUCAUUUGUUUUAAGGAAUAUAACAAAUUAAGGAUUUGAAAAUGAUAACAAUUAUUUAGGUUAAGUUAAAGUAUUUGGUUGGCAUAUUUUUGUUCCAAUUGGAGUAGAUGGAUUAGACAUUUAUUAAUAUGAAGAAAAUGGAGAAUUAACUUUAAUUGGUAAUAUGAAUUCAACUACUUUUUAUAAUUAAAUAAAUAAUAUUAAGAUAGUUGAUGUAGUAUUUGGAGGAUUUGAAAAUUAAAAAUAUAUGUAUGUCCUUGAUUAAUUAAGUGGAAUCACAAGAUUUAUUGUUUCAUCUAAUUCUUCUGGAUUUACAGCUUAAUUAGAUUCAGAUUUAGGUUUUAUUUAAAUAUCUCAUGGAACUACUUUAGCAGAACAUAAUAAUAGUUAUAUCUUAAUAUUAUAAGAAAGAGGAGUUAUUAAUACUUUAGUUGAAAUAGGACUCUAUUAAAAUGAUUGGUUUAAAGUAAAAGUUCAUUAUUUAACUGGUAAAUAUUCAGAAAUAGAUAUCUUACCUGAAUUCACUAUUUUAAGAGGAAAAGAUGAACACAGAAUAAUAAGAACAGGUAUUUAUGAAAAAUUUGAACCAUCCUUUGUAUUCACAUAAAAAGAUAAUGUAAAUUAAGAGAAAUAGAAUUCCUUUUAUGAAGAAUAUGUUUUUAUACCAAGUCUAAUUACAAUGGAUUUCUAUGAUGUUGAUAAAGGAGCACUUAAUAUUACUAACAAUUUUAAUUAUAAUAUUACAAAUUCAUUCUUAAUAGGCAUUACUUCUUAAUCUAUUAUAUAUAUGCCAUAUAUCAUUGAAAAUCCUUACAUUAGAUGUAAUCCAAGAACUAAUAGAUCUAUAGGAAGAAGCUUUGAUUAUAAAUUAAAUAUAAAUGCAACUCAUUGUCCAUAAAAAGAAAAACUAAUAGGUAUUCCUCCAUAAUUAAUCUUAUGCCAAUAUGUAGAUGAAUUCAAUCUAAAAAUAACUAAUGGAGAUGGUAUCAUAUAUGAUACUGAAACUUUGGCUUCUAUCAUGAUGGGAUUCAUAGUUUUAUUAAUUAUGUUAUCUAUUUUAUUAGCUUACUUAUAUUCAAGAUAUAAAAUAAAGAAAACUGCCUUAUAAAAUGAUAUAUAAGGAUUUGGAGAAAGUGUUAAUAGAGAAGGAUAUGAUAUGGAUCAAUAGUAUUCAUAAUAAUGA